GACCGCGUGGAAGGCCUCGUGGAAAAUGCGGACGGACGUGGUCGAAAGACUUAAGGAAGAACGGGAGCGGAUGAAUGCAAAAAAAGAGACAAUUCACGAUGGGGAUAGAUCGCGCAAUGUCGUAUCAGCGGUGAAAACUGAAAGACUGAGAGAGAUAGAGAGAAUUUCCAAGUCAAAAAGAAGAAGAAGAAGAUACGGAGCGUACAGUGUUCCGCUUUCCAAUGUCAAUGCAAAAUUAUUCAGCUUAGCGAACUUGAAUGAAUUUUUUUCAGAAAGACGUAGCAAUCAAAUGUACACGUUUGGAGUAGGAUUUCAAAAUGUCGACUCUUCUAAACUUAUUGUUUUCGAAAAACGAAAACUCCUGUUUUGUUAUAAUGACGAAUUCGAGUAGCC